GCGCGAACCUGCGGCUUUUACAAAUGCACGUGGAAGGGAAACACAGCGGAUUUACUUAUAUCUGCGAGACUUGUGGGUUCCAGUGUUCAACUGGCUCCAGAUUAAAAGAACACAACAAACGUUAUCACAACAAAGAAACCCUGAACUGCGAGUACUGCCAGAAAACAUUCAAACUGAAACUAGACUUGCGGAACCACAUAGUAAAUGUGCAUCUCUCGGAAAGGGUUUUCAAGUGUGAAACGUGUGGGAUGGAAUUUCGGCGAAAAAGUACCCUUACAGUACACGAAGCUACCCACAGCGACGUGUACAACUUUCCGUGCCAGCAGUGCGAUAAAAAGUUUAAGGUGAAAAACUUACUGAAUAAGCACAUCAUCAGGGUUCACCAGGAAGCAACGCUCGAGUGCGAACACUGUUCCAAGAUGUUCUACACUAGAUGGAUGCUGCUGGAUCACAUCGAGAGCAGACACGGGGUCCAGAUGCGCUUUGUUUGCGACGUUUGUGUUGCAACGUUCGAUAGCCAGGAAGAGCUCGCGACCCACAAAGCUCGUCACGAUCAUCCCAAAGACCUCGAGUGCUGUCUUUGCUUGAUUGUAUUUCCCUCGAAAGAAAAUAUGGUGGAUCAUUUGUGCAUCACGUACAGGGAGGAUUACGUUUGCUGCGAGCGAGAUUGGCGGCAGCAUUUGCACUACAACAAACACAUGCUCGUCAAGCAUGGCGUCAAGAUAAACGCCCGCGUUAAGCCGGAGCCGAACGUUUUGCUGGGCCAAAUACGCGCAAAAAGGAAACGGGUCGAGAGUUGCAACAAGUGUAAGGCCAUCUUUCCGUCGAGGACGAUGAAAAAGCAGCACCAGGAAACGUGUCUUGCUGGUGACAUUCAGGUUUAAGUUUGAAUGACGACUUGAUUUAUGAGUUCUGUUACGAAAUAAAAAAAAAAAAAACAAUGAA